AUGGGUAUCAAGGGACUGAACGCCAUUAUAUCGGAACAUGUGCCGAGUGCGGUUCGCAAGAGCGACAUCAAGAGUUUCUUUGGUCGGAAGGUUGCUAUCGAUGCAUCGAUGUCGCUUUAUCAGUUUCUGAUUGCCGUGAGGCAGCAGGACGGAGCUCAGUUGUCGACAGAGAGCGGUGAGACGACGUCUCACCUGAUGGGCAUCUUUUACAGGACGCUGCGGAUGAUCGACAAUGGGAUCAAGCCGUGCUAUGUGUUUGACGGGAAACCGCCUGUGCUGAAGGCGCACGAGCUGGGGAAGAGGCUCUCUAGGAGGGAGGAAACGGAGAAGAAGCUGGCGGAGGCGAUCGAGCAGGUGGAGAAGAUGAAGCAGGAGCGGAGGCUGGUGAAGGUGUCGCCGGAGCAUAAUGCUGAGGCGAAGCAGCUGUUGGAGCUUAUGGGGAUCCCGUAUAUCACGGCGCCCGCGGAGGCCGAGGCGCAGUGUGCGGAGCUGGCGAAGAAGGGCAAGGUGUACGCGGCGGCUAGCGAGGACAUGGACACGCUGUGCUACAGGACGCCGUAUCUGCUGAGACAUUUGACGUUUUCCGAGGCGAAGAAGGAGCCCAUCCACGAGAUAGACACCGAGACGGUGCUCAAGGGUCUGGAUUUGACCAUCGAGCAGUUCAUCGACCUGGGUAUCAUGCUGGGAUGCGAUUACUGUGAGAGCAUCCGCGGCAUAGGCCCCGUCACAGCGCUGAAGCUGAUCAAGGAACACGGGUCGCUGGAGAAGAUCGUCGAAUACAUCGAGUCCGGAGAGGCCAAUAACAAGUGGAAAGUGCCGGAGGACUGGCCAUACAGGGAGGCCAGGCAGCUGUUUUUGAGCCCGGACGUGAUUGACGGGAACGAGAUCAACUUGAAAUGGGCUCCGCCAAAGGAGGACGAGUUGAUCGAGUUUCUGUGCCACCAGAAGAAGUUCAGCGAGGAAAGGGUAAGAUCGGGAAUCGCAAGGUUGCGCAAGGGAUUGAAAGCCGGCGUUCAGGUAAGGCUCGACGGCUUUUUCCAAGUGGUUCCGAGGACCAAGGAACAAUUAGCUGCCGCUGCCGCUAAAGCCAAGCAAGCCAAAGCUACUGGUAAGGGCAAGGCUAAGGGCAAGGUUGCUAAACGAAGGUGA